UGCAGAUCUUCGGAAGCUGUGUGAGAGUGAAAAUCACCCGCAGGGAAGGACAAAGCAGACUGAGCAAAACGGGGCGCCUCCAGAGAGAGCGAAUAGCGUUGCUCUACCGUGUUACGACCCAGAAGAGACCCUUGGGGGACAGGAGGGAGUCUAUCGCAUGGAGGGGAGUCCGUUCAUCAUCAAUUACGAGCAGGACGGCAGAAAAGCAGAAAUCAUUGUCUUCUGUUCAGACACGCAGAAGGAGAAAAGAAGAAAGCAGUGUUUGGUCUGCGGGAAAAGCUUCACGCGAACCUCAGCCCUUAACCGGCACGAAAGGAUCCACACGGGGGAAAAAUCAUACAGAUGUUUCCAGUGCGACAAAAGUUUCUACGAUAAGACAGCCCUGAAAAGACAUGAAAGAACCCACAAUACCGAUCGCGGGUAUCCUAAUGUCUCUCACGCCCAGCCGGGCGAGAAUUUACCUCACCUUCCUCCCUCAGACAAAAUUGCACAGAACUUUUGCAGCGAGUGUGGGAAACAAUUUGAGAGCGAACUGGACCUAAAUGUACAUAAAAGAAUUCACCAGGAGCCGAAUCCCAGCGGCAGGACAGAGAGUGGAGAGACAUCUGGGAAAACUCUGGAGCCAGGGAAACUUGCCCCACAGAAAUCCUACAAGUGUCUGGUGUGCGAGAAAAGCUUUGUUUGGGGCUCAUCGUAUCACAGGCACAAAAAGAUCCAUUUGAAGAACAAAUCUACCCCACUUCCGUAUGAAAGGAAAAUCUUCAAGCAAGGGUCCCAUAUCAUGAAAUUUCAGUCUUUCCCCGUCGGAAAGAAACACUAUAAAUGCCCCGAGUGUGAGAAGAGUUUCCCGGCACUCAAAUCCUUGGAAAAACAUAAAAAACUCCACCAGAGAGCGAAACUAAAAAGCUCUUCGCAACCGGCAGCUGACGCAAAAGACAAAACCUGUUCGGAUUGUGGGAAGUUCUUUGAUCGGCUGUCCCACCUAAAAAGGCACCGAAGGGUCCAUACGGGCGAGAAACCUUACAAGUGCCCGAAAUGCGAGGAGAGUUUCAUGUGGCAGGCGGCUUUCGAAAGACACCUGAAGGUCCAUAAGAAAGAGAAGCCGACACCUCCUGUGCCAGCGGUGUCUGUUUCGCAGGAGAAACCUAAUCAGUGUUCGGCAUGCGGGAAGACGUUCAGACAGCACUCGGACCUCAUGCAACAUGCGCGGGUCCAUACUGGUGAGAAGCCCCACAGAUGUACGGAAUGUGGGGAGUCUUUCAUGUGGCCUAUGUCUCUCAAAACGCAUCAGAAAAAGGUUCACAGGGGGAAGCGAUUGGUCCCCCUCCUCCAAAAAUUACCCCUGGGGCAAGGGAGAUUUUACAAAUGUUUUGAGUGCGGUAAAAGUUUCGACCGUUCCUCCAGUCUAAUAAACCAUCGGCGGACCCACACCAGAGAAAAAACGUAUCCGUGCACCAGCUGUGAGAAGACUUUCAUGUGGCCUCGCUCUCUUCUGAGACACCAAAAGAUCCAUGACACCAGGAAAGCAGGAAGCUCUUUGCCCCUAAAUUCCACUCCAGAGGAGAAAUCCUACGUUUGUUCCGAUUGUGGGAAACACUUUGUCUAUUCGUAUCUCUUGAGUCGGCAUCGACGCAUCCACACUGGAGAGAAACCGUACAAAUGUGCGAAGUGCGGCGAGAGCUUCAGGUGGGCUUCCUCGUUUAGCCUGCACCAAAAGAAGGUCCACCCGGACACGAAGAUUGCUCAUCUCAUCCCAAGACAGGCAGACAGGAAGAAAAAACCUUAUGGGUGUUCGGAGUGUGGAAAAGAAUUCAGGAAACCAUCCCACCUCUCAAGCCAUCAGAAUACUCACACCGGGGAGAGGAAGCACAAGUGCACCAUCUGUGGGAAAGGUUUCUUCUGGCAGACUUCGCUGUCGCUGCAUCACAAGCUUUUACAUAAGACCAAGGAAAAGAAACCAGUCCCCGCUUUGCGACCUGUGUCUCAGGGACAAGACAAUUCCAAACCCCCGCAGGUCCCCGCCGAAGGGAAAGCUUUCAAAUGUUCCAAGUGCAAAGAGAGUUUCAUGGGGCUUUCAGCACUUCUGCGACAUAGAAAGAUCCACGAGAGAGAAAAACUCGGGCUUUUUUUCCAAACGAGACCUGUCACCCCGGAGAAAACGUAUCCCUGUACUGAGUGUGGGAAAAAAUUUAAUUGGCCAUCCCGCCUCUUAAGACAUCAGCGCAUCCAUUCACAGGAGAGGCCGUAUCAGUGCCCUGAUUGCGGAGAGAGUUUUAGAUGGGAUUCGGCUCUUAAAGCACAUCAGGCGAAGAUCCAUAACCAGAAGCCGGCGGUCUCUUUCCUGCCUGAAGACGACGCGGACAAAGAGAAAAAUCACAUUUAUGCCGAGUGUGGAGAAACCUUCUCCUCUGUAUCAUCUCUCGUAAAGCAUCAGAGUAUCCACGCGGGAGAAGAACUGGAUAAACCCAGCCAUGGCGAAGAGAAUUCCCCAUGGAAUUCAGCCCUCCAAGAACACCCGAAGGCUUGUAAGGAAGAAAAACCAGACUCCCCGCUUCAAAAGCUACCCAGUAGAGGUGGAAGCACCUACCCUUGUCUCCAGUGCGGGAAACAGUUCUCCAAAUCGAAGCUGCUGCAGAGACACAAACGAAUCCACCUCAGGGACAGGCGUUACACCUGCACCAAGUGCGGGAAGCAUUUCACGCAGGGUGCAAGCUUGAGAAGACACUGGUUCGCUCACCAAGAAGAAAAGUCGUUCCACUGCUCGCACUGCGAGAAAAGCUUCGUAUACAAAGACAGUCUCAAGAGGCACGAGAAGUCCCACGCGGGGCUGGCAGAGUUCACCGUGCAAGUGCUGGAUAAAGAAUUCCUAGCCACCCCGGAACCGGCCCAAUGCCAAACGGCGGAGCCCAGCGUGUGCAGCGGUCCCCUAGAACUCCAAGAGGAGAAACCCGUCCCAUCCUUGAAUGCUCCGGAAGUGUUGGCGACAUGAUCUCAAAAGGGGCCAAUUGAUCACAGAAGCCGACGUCGAGAAAUUGUGCUGCAGAUUUUGGCAGCAAACCUGAGGAAAGAUCACCAACCCUGUCAAGUUUUAACGGAAGGAAACCUUCCAGAAUCUUCUCUGAACCGUAACAUAAUGAAAGCCAUGGUUCCACCAAAGGGGGCAGAAUAUCAGCAAACCCAAAUGGAGUUUUGCCUGUCUGGGGCCAUGUUGUUUUGUGCUCCCCGGCCCCUUGAUUAUAGUUCAAAAAUUCCAACAUGGAUGCCCAUCCGACAUCCGACUUUUGUUAUUGAACACAACAUCGUAUCAGUUGUUCUCUUGUAUAUUGGUAGAUGCAGAUAGUUGAUUUGAGUUGGGUGGGGCAAGAGGGAACAGACUCAGGGUUUUAAGUAUAUUGACAACAAAUAUAUGUGAAAAACAAGGAAAUACGUGUGUGCCAUGUCACUGAAAAUACUCCGUUAUCGAUUCUUGUGUCAAUGUCCUCAGAGGUGUCAGUAAUACAAUGGUUGGGAAUUCUUUUGCAUCGUUCGACUUUUAUUGUCAUGAUCGCAAUCUUGUUAUUUGUUCAAUUUUAUGGAAAGAGUCUACUAAUAAACGCAACAUGCAGAAUGAAGCCGUGGGGCUUGUGCUGUUCCUCCUUAGCCGUGACUUGAAUGCCCCACAUCAUAGUUCCAGGGUACAUUUGCGAACACCCGCAGAUUCAAUCUUGAUGCCCCCGGGGAGAUGAGAAGAAACUUGGAAGUUGUUACGAGGGUUGGGCUAAGCCAUGAUUUGUUUGAGUCAUGGUCUGUUGAAUAACUACAAGUAGCUGGGCUUCCUCAACAUGAUGUUAAGAAGCAGAGCUCAUGCUAAGCUGUAAUUGGGGAAGGAGUUGGUUGUUUUAUUUGAAUGUUCUAUGCCUGUGGUGGCAAACCUUUGAUGUGUGCCAGAGGUGGCACGCAGAGCCAUCUCUCCGGGCACACGAGCCUUGGUCCUCUUGGUUCCGGUGCGCCGGCUAGCUGAUCCUCGCACAGGAAGAGCAACUGCCAAGUGAACAAGUGCGCCCAGGAAAGAUGAUCUUCCAGUUUCCAGCGCACACAUGCACACCACUAGCUGACCAGCACGCCGGAAGAGCAAGGGAAGCAGACCAGCUGACCUGCACGCCGGAAGAGCAAAGGGAGCAGAGUUGCCGGGCGGGGCGGGGCUUCCCUCCCACCCCAUCCGAGUGGGAUUCUUGCACAGCCCUCCAGCCCAUGGUACUGAUGUACAUCUGCGAUCCGGAGCGCCUGGCCAGCUCAGAGACACGAGGCAGCGUUUGCUGGCUGGGUGGCCAGCCACCUCUCCCACUGCUCUUGCCGGGAGCGAGGGGGCGGCAGCAGUUCUCACGUUGCCGCUUCUGGCCGGGAUGCUGGAGCAGCCAGGAGGUGGAGGAGAAGCUGCCGUUGGGGAGGCAAGCUGCCCCAGGAGGGCCAGAGGAGAGUGCAGUUCCUCACACAUGGAGUCGCCGCCGAUGGCCCGGCUUGCCAGCGGAGGAGCAGCUGCAGGGGCCGACCAGUUGCUCCUGCCCCUCUCCCUGUGGCUGCCGCUGCUCUCCUGGGGCUACAGGGCUACACAGGAGCGGAGUCCACAUAGGAACAUCUGUCUGGCACGGGGGCAAGAGGCGUGCUGGCCAAGAAGCGGUUGUGCUCCCUUGGCAGGCGUGGCGGGAGGGAUGAAUGCACUGGCUUGUUCUCGGUGGCGGGCUGGGGGUGGUGGUGCUUCAUCCCGGCCAGAGUUUGGAUUUCUCUUCUGGUUUCCGGCACAUGCGCGCCAGAAACCGGAAGACCAGGUGCCCGCUGGAAACCAGUAGCUCAUGCUGGGCGGCUGCUCUUCUGGUUUCCAGCACGUGUGGUCUCAUGCUCCCGUGUUGGCAGUCGGUGCCGAAAAUGUUUGCCAACACCGUUCUAUGCUGUUGAAUUCUGCCAGUUGUUGUGGAUGGGCUGGAUGAAGUACAGGUUAAUCCUCAAAGUACAACCGUUCAGUUUAGCACUGAAAACUGUCUUAUGACCAUUUGUCACACUUACAACCUUAGCAGCCUCUCCAUGGUCACGUCAUCAAAAUGCAGACGCUUGACAACUGAUUCAUGUUUACGACAGUUGCAGUGUCCCGGGGUUAUGCGAUCACCUUUGGCGGCCUUCUGACUACACAGUCAACGGGGGAUCCAGAUUCACCGAAUAUCCAUGUUACUCACUUAACAGUUGCCGUGAUUCGCUUGACAAAUCGCGGCAGGAAAGGUGGUAAACUGAGGCAAAACUCGCUUAACAAAACGUCUUGCCUAGCAACAAGAAUUUGAGGCUCAAUUUUGCUCGUACGUUGAGGACUACCUGCGUAUAGAUGCAGAAUAAAAUGAGACUGAUCUUGCGGGAUGAUUUUUUUUUAAAAAGAAUAUAUACACAACUCUCACAUUGCCGUAGGGAGGAAAGCAUGUUUUAUUAUAAAGCCUGUUACAGGGGUUCCAUAGCUGAAGAGGAGGAGGAGCUGAAGACGAGACAGCGAAAGAAGCAGGAAGAAUACAUUUCAUAUAGAGGAACCACGUUGGCUCGAGAGACAAGCAGAAGUGCCCCACAAUGCAAAUAUUCGACAUUUUCCUGAGCUUUUGGCCAGGGUCCGUUCUCCGAGCUUGCUGUUUAAUUUGUUUCGUUACCCGUUCUGACCUAGGCUUCCCCAAAAAGCGUGAAGCAGAUUCCGGGUCCCAACAAAACCCCUUUUAUUAAACAAA